UGCCAUUUUUUCAGUUCGAUAGUUAAAAAAGAAUUCAAAUUAAUUCAACAAAAAUGAUUCAAAAAACAUGUUAGCCGGUAAGCUCGGCUUCUAAUCCUCGUGAAAGGUUCUGAAAAGGUCCAGAAAUUUGACGCGUUGUAAGAAAUAAAAAUUUGUAACCCAAGAUGAAUUUACAAUGGCAAUGCCUUCAGCCCCGUGUAAUUUUUUGUAUGUUUGACUAUCGCAUGCGUCUCCCCUCUCCGAUUAUUCUCUAACGCGCCAGUUGCCAUCCACCAUGCAUUCCCCAUACAUUCCCCAUGCGUUCGAAGGCAGUCUCGUCUCUGCAGGUCGCGAGCUAGUUGAACGUGAGUCGAGCUCUGCACGCUUUGAGAGGUUCAUCCGAGCCCCGCGAUUCAGUCUUAGGCGACAGUUUGUCGGCGCCGGUAAUUCACCCUGUGCUCGAUUAGCCGCGUUACACAUCGUUAAUUGUUCGACGUGCCGACAUUUAUUACAGUGCGUUCGCCUCCGUUCCAAGGGAGAAGUUUAAAUUUAAUCGGAGUAUACGGCGAAUAUUGAAGUUCCAAAUUCUGCUGCAAACAUAAUUGAUACAAGCUCUUGAAUGAAAGAAAAUUUGCCAUAAAUCGAAGAAAAAUGGCAGUCUGCGUCGCCAUAAUUUAAAAUGCUAUCAACCACUUGGAACAAUGUGCUACGUAAUAGUAACCGGUCGCAGUCUCUUUUGGACAUUAAUGUCCCUGAGUGCUGUGUUAGCUAUGUUCUCGGCAUUGAUGACUCCAAGAUGGCUGGCAGGGCCCCCGACUAGUGAAGAUAUCGAAAAUGGUACCGCACUUCAUGGCAAACCAAAUUGGGAAGAUUUUAAUUUUGAUGGUCUUGCGACACUUUCCUCGACAUCUCCUGACUGUUGGAAAGCCGCAUUCUUCUUCCUGGCACUUGGAUUGGCCGUAAUGACAGCCACGGUAGUAGCCGCAUUGAUAGGUUGCUGCGUCCAGAGUAUUGGCAAGAAGAGUAUUUUCGACUUAGCUGGCGUUGCACAAUCGAUUGCGGGUAUCAUGUAUCUCCUUGGGAUGAUUUUGUACGUUGCGGGAUGGGGCUCAAGCAAAAUUCAAGCGCUUUGCGGUGAUGAAGCAGUGCCUUUUUACCUGGGAAACUGCAGUCUUGGCUGGGCAUCCUACUUGGCUGUGCUAGGAGUACUCCUGACAUUUGCGUCUGCGGUUUUCAGCAGCCAGGCUGAAAAAUCAACGGCCAGUGAUAAAGUACAGGACCAGAUAAACGAAGGGAAGACUCUUAUUUGCCUAGCCUAGUUUGUAAGAUUAGAGCCCAAGCCUAGCCGGCGUGAUAGAUUUGAAACGUCAGUUUGAAAAUAUUAUCCGAAAUCAUCAUGUACGUUGAUUAUAGAUGUAACAUUUUACAUGUAAGCUAACGAAUACUUAUUUACCACAAACGGCUGAUAUUGCUACUCCUUUAAGGAAUUAUGGCUUCGUAAGGAUAAUGCAGUGAAAUGUUGUGAGUGAUGCUGAGAAAAAUUUUUGAACAUACACGUACAAUUCAAAAACUUUACGCAGUCAAUUUUUUUUGCGCUUUUCCGAAUUAGAUUGAUACAGAAUCAUGAAUAUGACACGUGAUUGAAUAUGGAGAAAAUGUUGAUACUGAAAAAGUUGCACCUGAAACGAGGGUUUGACUUCUCAUGUAUGCAUAAAAUAAGAUAAUUAAGAAUAUAAGACGUAUUUUUUGUUUCCCAUUACACACUGUAAUUUCAAAGAUCAUAUA